ACAAAAAGGUGUCUCGAAUCACGUGCUUGGCGUCGGUGUCGGCGUUUGUGGUUGCCAUUUAGCAACGGCCGGUGUGUAAACAUAGAUGGCUGCUCAUGAACGUCAAAUUUCGUUCGCAGCUUCAUUCUUCUUCGUCGUGUAAUCAUGUGCCUGGAUAUUUGUUUUUCGCAUUUCGCAUUGUGUAUUCGAACACGAUCCAAUCGAGGUCACUAGAACCGUUCUAGCGUAGUGCACCUGUAAUUACGCACUUGACUUGUUCGGCACAAGGACGUGCGAUUAAUUUUACCGACGAUAGAGAAAUAUUCCGCUGUGUCGCCUCAUGCAAAAUGACAUGCAAAAUGUAACGCGGAUACAAGUUGAGUACAUAUCGAUUAUCGAAUCUUAUGUUGUCCUCGAAUAUGCGCGAUAUUCAUGUCAGACUGCGGCAUAUUUUUUCUCAUUGCGUUGGAAAUCAUACUUGGGUCCUUAUUUUGAAUUCUCUUUUAUCCAUAAAAGUGCUUCUUUCUUUUUGUCUGUAAAUAUAACUUAUAUGCUUCCUGAUUUGUUUAUAAGCAUAUUUAAAUGCACUUAUAUCGCUGAAAAUGGAUUUAGAGUAAGGGUUUAAGCCUCGGUUGCAUCAACCGGUUGGUAAGCUAAUUAACAGUUAAAUCAUAUGUUUGGUUUGGUUUUUUUUUUAAAUAAACAAAGGUAGACAUACGGUUUAGCAUAUCAAUCACUUUACCACUCGAUUAGUACAAGCGGGCCUAAAGGCCAAAUCACACUAGCGAUUGGCGAUUGACGAUUGACAAUUAAAGAUUAAAUUUUAACGAAUCAACAAGCUUCAGCCUUGGCUUGCUUUGUUCCAAUUGGUCAAGUUCCAAUCUUCAAUCGUCAAUCAUCUAUCGCCAAUCGUUAGUGCAAUUUUGGCCUUAAGAUCCAUAUCAGUAGUCGUUAUUCGAAACUUGAUAAGACUCAGAUUGGAAUUUGAGAUAGAUGUGAGUUUUUAGCUAUAUCGCGAUUACAAAUGUAAUAUCGUAUAUAUUAUAUGACUCAAGUAAAAAAGAAAUUCUAAUCCAACCCCAAUUUAGAUCUAAAUAUCUCACGUGAGAUAAGUUUCAAGUGAUGGCUAUUAAUACGGGCUUUAGUCUAUUGUUUAGUCAGUAAUUCAAUAGUCGAUUAAUUUUAUUAUUAUUUCUGUCCUCGGAAGCUCCACAGAUCAGCCAUCAUUUCCCGAUAAGGAACAUGCAUUCUGUUCUUCGUUUCUGUGGCCAAUAUCUUUUCAACGAUUCCCUGAGAGUUCUGUACGGAAAUGAUUCAUACAGAAUGGGGAUCGAGAGUGAAUCACGUUGUUUGUUCUCUUGAAGUCCUUCACUCUCAUAAACAAGCGAGUGCACAGAAUCCGAAGGGGAGGGUAUAUCGCGCUUAUCUGGAAUCUGCAGCGAGAAUGAUAACUACCGAUAAACAUUGUCACUGUCGUUCGUGCCUGGCCACUGUGUGCUUCUCGAAUUACACUCGUUAUUGUUUCGCAUCGAUUUUUAAUGUCGACAAUUAACAUCGACAUUCGAUUUAAUUAUUAUUGCUUUCUGUCGGUGCUUUGCGAAUUGCAACUGACUGCGAAUGCCGCUAUUUUGAAAACUUGUCGCGGGAAAUAUGCAUUUUUGUCUGAGUUUAAUGCAUGCGAGAUGCAAGAGCAGCAUGCAUACCUUACUUUUGCAGUAUCACACGCACAGAUGUAUCGUUACGCGUUUCUCCUACGGAUGAACUUCUAGUCAGCGCGACGUAAACUUAUUUUUAACCUUAUCGCUAUGACGAAUCGUCAUUUUGAACGGUGCGGUCUGAAGUCAGCGUGAAAUCGAGCAGGCUCGAUCGCUCGAACUCUCCUAUUCGCGAACAGCCAGUAUAGGAUUAAAAUUGUUCGAAUAUGUUUAAUAUUCUCGUGUAGUGGGUAAUUAUUCUUGUAAAUAAACGCAUAAUGUGAUGUCCGGUAAAACAAUCAUCGUUUCUGCGUUCCUGCGUUAGUCGACGUUUCACGACACUUGCUGGUUGUAACGGAAAGUGGAAGUCAGAAUUUUAACUAAAAAUGGUAGACGACCCAGACCGCGAUAUUUUACCUGUAAAGGAAGGUUCUUAUGCGGACACACUGAUAAGCGCUAUAGAUCCCAGGGAACGUCAUCUGAUUUGCAAGCUCGAUCGCUAUGAGCUAGAGGACAAAUAUCUGCGUUUGCUUGACGAAGCGAGCAGUCUGAAGAAAUUGAACAAUUGCCAGGAAGACAAGAUCAAGAGGCUCGGUACGAAGUUAAUUAGAUUGGCCGGUAAUCCAAGAUCAUAUGGAUUGUCAUUAGAUGUCGCCGGCAAUGAUAAGAACAGGAUGUCCGCGCUCGAGCACGAAAACGCUAAGCUGAAAGAGAAAAUCACGGUGAUGAGGAAUCAAUUGUUGAGUCACACAAUGAGCGGUAGAUCGUCAUCGCGCAGUCGUAAUCCCGUCAGGCCAACGUCUUCCGGGCUCGUGACAUGUCGAAGUGAGAACAACCGCUCGAGAGCACCGUCUUGUCAGUGCAUCGUUGACGCAGGGCGCGAUGACAGCGAUGUACGGAAUUACCUCGUUAAGAUCGAGAAGUUAGAGACACAGAAGAAAGAUAUGGCAUGUCGUAUAACAGACUUGGAGAAGGAAUUGGCUCUGUACUCGGCCAAUAGUCAAAGGGAGAAGGUAGCGGACAACGUCGAGUACAUACGAGUGUGGCGACAGAUGAAUCAGCUGAAUGAGAAGUUAAUAACGUCCCAAGACAAGAACGUCGCGCUGACUGCCGAAAUUAACGAUCUGAAAACUACCAUCGAGCAAACCACGAGGGACAACCAAGAGAUUGCCGCUGUUCUCAAGUCGGAGAGGACACGCAUAGCCGAGAUGGACGACCAGAUGAUGAAAGCAAAGAAUUCGCAACUCGCAUUGCGCGAGAAGGAGGAACAGAUACGGGAUCUCACGAACGAAAUAAAAAUAAUGCAACAACAUAACAACGAGCUUAUCGCCCUCAGCUCUAAAUACGGUCAAGUUGAGAUGGAAAAUAUUGAACUAAAAAAAAAACUUUCUGAGAACAUUCACGAACAACAGUCCUUGAGAACAGCGUUCAACAACGACCAGGCCAAUAUCGUAGCGUUACAGGCCAGCAAUAAACAGUUACUUACGAAACUUCAGGAUUUGCAGGCAACCAUAGAUACCUUGACGGUACAAUUAACGUCUCUUCAUAAGCAAAAUGAAAAACGCGACGUUGCAAUAACGGUACCGUCGGACGCGUCUAUGAGCCUAGUGAGUAAGAAAGAAGAGAAUACGUCUAAGCAAACCCAUUCCGCUUCUAUAGAACAAUGCAAAAAAUGUUGCGAGAUGUACGACAAAGUCACGCAGCUGGAAAAAGCCGUUGACAGCGCUCGAAGAAGUUGGCAGCCGUCAGUUAAAUCAGUACAGACGAUAACCACACCUAUCCACACGAGGGAGCAGAGUGUAAUGACAAUUCAGCAGACUGAAGAGAAGAUAAAUUCGCGGCUGCAGUCGCCGGUGAAGGAAAGAAAGACGAAUCAUGAGACGAACAGUUUAUCACGGGAGAAAAUAUUGAAGUUGCUGGAUCAAGCUCAAAUUAGCACGCCGUUAGACACAUCGAUGAUCACUCAGAAGGAAGAGUAUACGGACAUUUUGGACGUAGCACAGACUCAGAGGCACAGCGACGGAGAAAUACCUUCUCAAACGCUUUGCGAUGAGCCGAAUCUCGUGCAGAAGGAUUCACAAAAGGGAAGACUCGCGAUCUUGGAGAAUAUGGCAUCGAGCCAAAUCCUGCUAAUGUUAUUGGAAGUUUUGCACGAAUAUCUGUCGUUGAAUAACGUUGACGAAAGAACAUCUUUGAAACGUCAAGUUUUUACUAUCGAGGAUACGCUGAUCGAUGUUAAUAAUAAUUUUGCUACGAAGAGCAAUAAUCAUGAUUUUAGAACGAACAGAAAGGCAUAUCCCUGCAAAUACCAGCAAACAGUAGCUUGCAACACUAAAGACUUCGUGGAUAUCGACGAACGUAUUCACAAAAGCGCGAGAAUGAGCAGUAACUGCAGUAACGUCAAGAACUGUCUCGCGAAUUUAGAAUCCGAUUGUUACCCAAGUUACAUUCCGCAAGAACCCGUAGUCGUCUCAACGAGAAACAUCGAAUUAUGCACGAAAGAAACACAGGACAAAGUCACUUGCUGUUCUGUGAUUGACGGCAAGUCGAAAAAAUCGUCAUACCGUGAUGUCAGUGAUGAUAACGACUGUACGGAAAAGGUGAAGACUUCGUUAUUGCCUAGAUGUGAUCUGAUGUGCCACUUGCGGAAACAGAAGGACUCGCCGACUGAACGGGAAAAGCGGACAGCCUGCAAAAGCAAAUGUCUAGGCGACAAGGUGCAACUGUCUGUUGGCUCAGCGGAGUCUUUUCCCCUGUUAAUUUCCGAUAAGCAAGGUCUCAUCGAGAUUCACGUGUCACAACUGCAGCUUUCUACAUCGGCCUCAAAAAUCUCGGGAGAGGAGGACCUGUGUAAUCUCUACCUUUACAUAAGCUGGGAUAUCUGGGAUGAGAAGACGGCAUACACGAUGGCAAUGAGAUGCCCGAAUAUGAACUUUAACUUUUCCUCCGUGUAUCGCAUCGCGGAUCUCUCCUCCUUCUUCAAGAACGUGCUGUUGGAGUAUCUGGCCUUCCGAGUGAACGUCGUUCGUCAUGAUGACACGAGAUAUACGAUUGCCAGAGCGAGGGUCUCCAUCAAGGAUAUCCUAGAUUAUCCGCAGAACAAGCUGCACUAUAUCGUGCCAGUGAACAGCAUCAUUUCUUGCACCUACGGCGUCAACUUUGGCCAACUAUCGCUUUGGGUUCGAUUGAGUUGCGACGUUGAGAUGGUCGAAGCUUUUAAGGAGCAAUGCGGCAUAGCUUCAUUGCGAGAUACUGCGCCACAAGAUACUCUUCAUGCACGGUUUCCAGCGCAAGUGAAAAUAUCCGAGGAUCGGAAGGAUAGCGAGUCCGCAGUUUUAACGGACAAUCGAUACCUUCGGCCGCCAAUAGACUUGAGUGAAUUUUAAUAAAAAUAAGAACUCGCAUUUUUAUCAAGCCUUAAGAUAUUUUCAAGCCUUAGCAGGUCUCUUCUCAAUAAACCUAAACAUAACAACAUUAAUGCUAUAAUUUCCUAUUCAUAUGUCGUGCAUAACAGUUACAUUGUUAAGGAAAAUUAUAACAUUAACGUAAAAUGUUAUUGUUACACAAUGUUUACUGGAUUUAAAUAUCUUUGAGUCUUGAAAAUGCUGAAGUAUUUAACAUCAUCUAAUCAUCACAGAUUCUUUAUAUGAAACAACGAACUCGGAUGACGAGAAUAAUUACGUCACUUCCAAUAACGAAGAAUUCUCUUCUACGCCCGUCGAUGAGACGAACGAGUUAGAAGAGGAGAAUGAUAAAUAUACGAUAAGGAAGAGGUGAGACUUCCCCGUAGUUUUAUUGCGUUCUUCCCUCUGUUCCUAUUUUAUCGGAAAGAUAUCCAUCUUCGUAAUUUGUAAUCUUCGCGGAAUGCGACAAUGUUAUUAGUCAAAGAGAGAGAGGGAGAACUUCCACAUUUAGCAGCGUCGUUCUUACGCGCAAACGAUAUCGAUCGAUAUCUUCUAUCUUCUUUAAAUCAUUAUGAAAAUUGUAUAAACGACUUUAAUUAGACCAGAUCCCGAAGUAGCGGCAGAUGAUAGGAAGGAGAUAUCAAAGGAGCAUACGCUGGAGGAGUUGCCGAGCGUAAGCGAGUUUAAGAGUAUCAUCACAAACGUAAGAUCCGUUCAGCAUUUAAGCAAUUACGCGAAAAGCGCACGCGACUCGACGCGUUAGUGAUCCGCGAAUGCGAUGUCUAUCUGGAAGUGAUUGAGAUUCCGGACGUGUACAGACCGGGGGCCUGCUCAAGGAAUCAAGCAGCGCGAUCCGCGACAUGCACGAGGUACUCUCGGACAAAAACUGGGAGAGAUACAAGCAGAGGACUCUGCUGACUUUUGCCAGUACAAUUAGUAAUUAAUUAUACUCGCAUACGCCGACGAUGCAGAGUGUGAGAAUUGUGUGAAAGUAACUGAACUAUUUGCCCAGAAAACACUUCAGCUAAACCGUUAAAUGUGCAGGAUUAUCAACGUGACACUUCUAUUCGCAUACGAAACCGCUCCGUUUUAUGCUUAAGUUAUUUCACGGGAAGGGUGAAGUUAAAUUACAAAAAGCAAAUACCGUCGAAUGCAUUUUUAUUGCCAUUUCACAUUGAAAAUUAAAAAAAUUCUCGGGAAGAAUAUCGAGCUCCUAAAUCCUAAAAUCGCGGUUGAAAAGCGUUUAAUUUGGAAUUGAAGAACUUUUAUUAUGUUUAACUUUUUAUGUGAUUUUAUUUUAUUUUUGUUGUUUUUCGUUUUUUUUUCUGAAUUAUAUUUUUUCAUUGUUUAAAGCAGUAUUAACAAUUAAAUAAACAUAAAAAUAUGUAACGUUGAGGAUCGCGAAAUAAAGUAGCGUUCGCAAAUAGCAAUGCGAGAUCACCAUUUCGAAAGCGAAUAAAAUAUCGAAAUCGUACAUUGUAUAGCACAUUUCUAAUGGAAAUAAAUUAUUAAAAAUGGAAAGUGAAUCUCUGAAUAUUUAAGUAUACGUGAUGUUGUGCAAAUAUGGCGAGUUAACGUGAUUCUAAUACAACAUUUAUCCUUUCCAGAAAUUUGAGAAGAAUAUG